AUAUGAGCUGAAAUUUCUGAAAACCUUUCAAAUGCAUUGAAAGCGUUGCUCAUACGCCCCACCCAACCAGCGGUAUACAUAUGAUAAAUUACCAACAGCAGCGAAGCCAUAAAAACUACAAAAAGUGAUUGAGAGUUAUCUAUGUUGGCUAUAGGCCACAGCAUACACCUGUAAUACCAGUUCAAAGAGUGAUUGCAAAUUAUUCAAGUGAUUAUAUAAGCGCAACAGCGCCAACUAAUUAAAAGAAGCUAAUUUGUGCAAGUGCGGAAAGUGUGGCUUAAACGUAAUUAAAUAAAAAUAGGUGCAUAAAAAAUACAAAAAAACAAAUUUUAUACGAAACAACAAUAACAACAAACAGUUUAAACGUCUAGCAAUCGACAGCAUGACCGAGAACCAGGAUAAACACGCCGCCAGCAGUAGCGACAGCACAGAAAUUGCCAGCAGUCACAAUAACAACGCACAAGGCCAGAGCACAACUGUCGGCGGCGAUGGCAACAACAUCAAACCGAAGGAUAAGAAAAAUGACAGCGAAACAACAGUCGCGCUGGCGGAUACGCAACAUGAAGGAGAAAAGGAUAAAGCGCCGCAUGACAGAUGCGCUCACAAGGAUGAGUUCGGCACGCAACGUGUGUACAAGAAGACUUCACCCAACUGUGUGCUCACACUCUAUCUACCGUCGCGUGAGAUCACACUCUCCGGCAAUAAUCCGGCCAUAUUGCGUGGUAUAAUCUAUGUGGAUCCAAAGGCGAUACAAGGUUACAGGGUGUAUGCUCAAUUAACAUUGACAUUUCGUUACGGUCGCGAGGAUGAAGAAGUGAUGGGUUUGCGUUUCUGUAAUGAGGCUAUAAUGUCGUUACAUCAAGUUUGGCCACGGAAUGAGGAGCCGGCGCGUGAGUCACUUAGUCCAUUGCAGGAAGCCUUAGUGAAACGCCUUGGCGAUGGUGCACACCCAUUCACACUCACCUUAACGCCACAAGCGCCGCCGAGCGUGCAAUUAGUGCCGGCAAAACGUUACUACGGCGCACCGAUCGGCACCAGCUAUGAUGUGCGCUGCUUUAUAGCGGAUAAAACGGAUGAGAAAUUUCAUCGACGCGCCUCAGUUAAAAUGGGCGUACGCGUUAUCUAUCGCACCGAUGUGUAUCAGCAUUCCAACGGGCCGGAGAAUUUCGCCGCGCUCAUCAACAAUCAGGGCGCCUCACCGCCAUUGACCGCUGCGCUCACUUCGCCGCCAGCAGUGCUUAGUGCUACUGGCGCACUUAACGCCCAAAAUGGCAAUACAACACCAGCCUUGUCAACGAUGCUGGGCGGCAGCGGCAGCGCAGACAGUAAUACAAGUUUUGACGGUGCCGCAACGGCCGGUGCUGGCGGUGCUGCUGCUGUUAGUGGUGGUGAACGCAUACCGUCCACCACACAGAGCCAUACCAAGCCGCGUAAAUCGGAACGUGGUGAUUCGUUUCCCAAACUGCGCCUCUCACCGAAGUCUUUUCGCUUUAGCGGUCGUUUUGGGCGCAGUAAAAGCGAGAUUGAGAAAUGUCCCAGUGAUCCGUUCUACAAUUAUAGUAAAUCGUUUCAGGAGUACGACUGCACUGCUAUUGCCGGCGGCAUUGGCGCUGUCGGCGUUGGCGGCAUUAGUGGCGCACCACACAAUGCCUCGCCUGGUGGAGGCGGCGGCGGUUGUAUGGUCGGCGGUGUAAUUGGCGGUAAUGCAGCGUGUGCGCUCAGCGGCAGCGGCGGUGGACCACAGGGUGCGGUGGACAAGCCAUUCCUCUUGCAGGACGGACGAGUCGGCUUGCGGGCGAGCCUUGAUAAGGCCUGGUAUACGCACGGCGAGGAUGUCUGCGUGACGGUGAACAUCAAGAAUGACAGCCGCAAGACGGUGCGCAAAGUGCGGGUGUGCGCCAUUCAACACGUCGACGUCUGCAUGUUCAACAAUGGUAAAUUCAAAAAUAUCGUCGCCGACUCGGACACUAGCUCACCCGUAGAUCGCACAGUAUCGCCCGGUAGCACAUUGAACACUACAAUCAUACUCAAGCCACAGCGCGGUCAAACUAAGAACUGGAUUGCGCUCGAAGAUACUUUACAACGCAGUACCGAGCCCGAAGAGAUCACUGGCGUUAUAGCUGCCUCAGCGAUACGCUCACCAAAUCUUAUACUAGCACCUGGACAGGCAAUGAAUCCCUGCCCCAGCCCUGCUGUGGGCAUACCACAACCAAGCGGUUAUCAUGGACACGGUGUAUCGGGCAUAGUGGGCGACGACCGCAACGUCUUCGCCAUUUAUGUGUCCUACUAUGUGAAGGUUAAGUUAACUUUGAGUGGCAUGGGUGGUGAACUGUCACUGAAGCUACCCUUCGUGUUAGUGCAUGUCGAAGAACCAAAAGUGGAGCACAAGGUGGAACGGCUGGCUUUAGAUGAUGUGCCGGCUGGCAAACGUAAUGGCAAUAAAACAAAAGGCGCCGCUACCACUUCGGCGUCCGGCAUAACAGGAACUACACCACGCAAAGAUGGAAAUGGGCGUCCGCAUCCACAGCACCUCGAUCGCAUCGAAUCGGUGGACGAUGAGAUACGCCUGCCGAUACCGGAGACAGCCAUACCCACUACUGCACCAACUGGCAGUGCAAAGCGUAAGCUGGUGCGCAGCGAAACUUUAGCUAAAGAUUUGGAUGAGGAAAUCGAAGAGCAAGCAGAGGCGGCAGCGCGAAAAGUCACGCUUAGCACCGAGGAAAGUUUACCAAAUGAAGGUGAGGAGCUGGAGCAAGUGCACAUUGUGCAAAUACACUCACAUGUAGCGGAGAGCACUGAAAAAGAAGCGGUCAAAUGUCAGGAAGAGGAGACAGACAAAGAAGUGAAGGAAAAUGUGAAGUCUGAGGAUCCAGAGGCUGGUAUAAAGCCACAAGAUGCACCAACAAAUGAUGAUGUAGCUGUCGCUGUGGAAGACGAAAAAGUGGACCCAAACUUGAGCGCGGUGGAGGAGACGCCUAAUGUCGUUGAGCAUCACCCUCAUCCCUCCCAUGUGUGAUUCUCGUUUCUGCGCGGUAUGUUUCAUAAGAAACGACACACAAAAUGAAAUAGUCUCACUUUGAAAUAGAAAGCGAGGGGAUGUAUUUCUUUAGAAGAAGGAACAUAGUAUUGGUUUCAGUAGAAGAAAAACGUAUAAAGUAAAAAGUGAGCCACUAGAAGUUACAUGUUUUUUGGAUAGGAAUGAUCUCUAACUAUAUGUAAAAUAUAGAUAUGGAACCAUUACUGUAAGAUAAAAUGAGAAACUUUGAAAACUCAGUGUUCUAAGAAUUAUAUAUAAAGUAUGAAAUUAAGUAUAGAGUAAAACUAAAGUCUUUGCAGAACAUAAAAUAUGUUCAGCGCAAGCGUAAGAAAAACAGAUAUCUGUUAUGAGAUCUCGUGAAACUAGUUCCGGGUAACAAAAUCAAAAAGAAGUAAACAUGAAGUUCCUUAAAGAUAUUUGGAAGACACGUUCUGGAAAUAACUACUGCAGAUAUCAUUACAAGGUAUAAGUAUUCGAAUAUAUUCUCGUAUAUACAAUUUGUGCUUUUUAUGGAGGUGAAUACAGGAGGUAGUGAUUUUAAUAGGGUAUAAAAGAAACACUAUUUGAACAGAUAUUGAAAAUCUUCCCUUAUAUCACUUAGAAAAGGAUAUAACCAACAGACAUUUGUUCUUUAAAUGAUUGCUAUAAUUAGUCUGAAACGACCGUGUAAAAAUGCGUUAAUGCGGUUUCACAGAUAUAAUUCUUCGCUGAAAACAGUGAAUAUUUAAGUCGAGCAUAUACAUGUACCGGAAAUAGAAAGCUUCCAUUUCAAAGUGGUCCAAUGUAGUUUCACAGGAGUUGAAACAUGUUUCACCGCUACAAACAGGACAUAUUUAACUUCGAAAGGUAAGCUUAGAUAAACAUUCAGGUAAAUGUGUCUCACAUUUAUAUGAACUAAGCUUAAAUAGAGGCACCUACAAAAUUGGGAAGAGGUUUUUAAAUGUAAAAUUAAAAUGAAGAUUAUAUAGUAUUAAGUAUGUAGAUUAAAAUAAAAUAAGUCAAAACGAGUUGGAAGAACUGACAACUUUGUAAAGUUCAUAGCAAGAAUUUAAGAACUAGAAUAUGAUUUUACAAGAUAGUUUGAAAACUAUCUUAUAUUUGUAAUAGCUACACUACAUGUUCUACACAGGAAGUAUAGAACGUAAAAUGUAAUCAGCAAAAGUAUCGUAAAAAAAAAAUUGGAAAAACACUUUUCCCAAGCAGUGGUCCCAAACUUUAAGUCAAAUUAUGAAUAACUAAAAAAAAUUAUGAGCAACUGCACCCACAUAUAGCAUAAAUGCUAAUAAAGAAUAAACCAGUUGUAGAUACUAUUAUAAAAUAAGGUUUCAGUGUUACACUUGCCUAAAAAGCAUAGAUACAUAUCGUUUAAUACUAUAGAAUGGUUAUGUAUUAUGAACACCAGAAAUCUCAAGGUAUUCUAGCGGUAUGGUUUCUUAUUGGAAAUUUUGCUAAAUCUAUAAAUAUAGAGCUUAUGAUCUAAUGACAUUGGCACUGAAGCAUUAAAUAGGUUCAUUAAGUAGUUAGAUUGAGAAACCUUGCUCCCCAUCUGGAUCUGUGAACUAUGUAUAUAGAUCGACACUCUUUAUGUAGAAUAGCACAGCUAUAGUUGAAAAAAUACUGAUUAUCUAGAGAAUAAAGGUUUGCCGCACGCUCUAACCGCAUUAAGAAUACUUUUGUGGGUUUUCAUACAUAAUCUAUUGAGAAUUCUAUACAGUUCUUGCUAAAAUUAGUAAAUUGAUAACAGGUUUUUAGAGCAACAAAAUUCCUGAAUUUAUUAUAUUUAAACCAAAAAUAUAUUGCACACUUAAUGAAAUAAAGAACAAAACAUGAAAUUGCAAAAAAAUUAAAUAAAUGAUGAAUAAUUAAUAUUAAUUAAUGGCUAAGUGUAUAUGUGUUAAAUUCAAUGUGCGCCUAAAUGUAUACUACAAAUCUUACUAAAUAAAUGGAGGCUUCGAAAAUUAAUAAAUAGAUUAUAUAACUGUUAACUACAAGAAGCUGGACUUCUGCUGACAUUGUUGUAGGCAUAGUUAUUAUGUAUGCGUAAAUCUAAAAAUAUAGUCAAAAUAAUUGUGGAAAGAUUCAUGCGGAAGAAAUGAACUAACAAAUAACCUAAAUAAAACAAAAAAAUGUGUGGCACAAACUUACAUAUUUACUUAAAAUUGCGUACAAAUUGUGUAAGCCAAAAAGUAUGCUACGAAUAAUAUGCAUUACGACACGAAUUUGUAGGUAGCAUACCUUUAGGCGGUAGAUAAUUCAGAUGCAAUAUGCUGCUGCCAGCAUUACCAAAGGUACUUAUGCACUUAUUAAAGAAAAAAGAGACAUUCAACAAUUCCAAGGGUUAAAGCUUUUGGACAAUUAUUAAUUGGUGUUUGAAAAUGUAUUGUAACUGGUAACUUGAGUUAACUGAUAAAUGGAAAAUGUGUUAAUUGUAAGGGAAAUUCCUGUAAAUUAUAGCUUGAUGUGAGCAUUAUGUUGGACAUAUAGUAACUAUUAAAAAAUGAAACAGCAAAAGUUUGUGAAAUAAAAUAAUAAAUAAUAAUAAAAGCACACAAAUUGUUUAAUUCUCUAACGGUAUGUACAUAAAAGCGCAUGCAAUACUAUAGUGGACAAUGAAAACUAAUUUCUGCACUGCAUGCAAUUAGAUAUGCUAAAAAUAGCAUUGUAAUAAAUUUAAAAGCUCGUCACUUAAAUGGCAGCAAAAGCUUAGUUAACACAAAAGCGCUCAAAGAUUACCUUAAAGAGCUGGUGAGAGCAUAUAUGAGUAAACAAUGUUGCCAAUGUGCUUCGCUACAUAUAAUUCUAC